CCACCCCUCCGGCCCAGACCGGAAAUGAGGUCAGAGAGGGAAACCCUGGCGGGGAGACUCGGCCCCCAGAGCGGCGGCCGCUGGAGGUGCCCGCGGCAGCUGAUGUGGCCUCAUGGAUGAGCUGGUACAUGACUUAGCCUCAGCCUUGGAGCAGACAUCUGAACAGCAUAAGCUUGGUGAGCUGUGGGAAGAGAUGGCCUUGAGCCCUCGGCAGCAGAGGCGGCAGCUUCGCAAACGGAGAGGCAGGAAACGCCGUUCAGACUUCACCCACCUGGCAGAGCAUACCUGCUGCUACAGUGAGGCUUCUGAGUCCAGCCUGGAUGAGGCCGUUAAGGACUGUCGAGAAAUGGCCCCAGUCACCAAUUUUAGUGACUCUGAUGACACAAUGGUGGCCAAACGGCACCCAGCUCUCAACACCAUUGUUAAGAGUAAGCAACAUUCUUGGCAUGAAUCUGACUCCUUUACUGAAAAUGCACCUUGUCGACCGCUCAGGCGCAGGCGGAAGGUGAAGCGGGUGACUUCAGAGGUGGCUGCCAGCCUUCAGCAGAAGCUCAAGGUGUCAGAUUGGAGCUAUGAGAGAGGGUGUAGGUUUAAGUCUGCUAAGAAGCAGCGUCUGUCACGCUGGAAGGAGAAUACUCCCUGGACAUCAUCAGGCCACGGAUUGUGUGAAUCAGCAGAAACUAGGACUUUUCUCAACAAAACAGGAAGGAAAGAAAGGAUGGAGUGUGAAGCAGAUGAACAAAAACAGGGCUCUGAUGAGAACAUGUCGGAAUGUGAAACCAGCAGUGUAUGUAGCAGCAGUGACACAGGGCUCUUUACCAACGAUGAAGGACGGCAAGGGGAUGAUGAGCAGAGUGAUUGGUUCUAUGAAGGAGAAUGUGUCCCAGGAUUCACUGUCCCUAAUCUUCUGCCCAAGUGGGCUCCUGAUCAUUGCCCUGAAGUAGAAAGAAUGGAUUCUGGACUGGAUAAACUUUCAGACUCCACAUUCCUUUUACCUUCUCGGCCAGCUCAACGAGGGUACCAUUCUCGCUUGAAUCGUCUGCCUGGAGCUGCUCGAUGUCUCAGAAAGGGGCGAAGGAGGCUUGUUGGGAAGGAGACCAGCAUAAGUACUUUGGGUACUGAGAGGAUAGGCCACAUCAUUAGUGACUCCCGGCAGAAAGAAAAGAAUAAAGUGUUGGCUUCUGAUUUUCCUUCCCUUUCUGCUUGUGCACAUGAGUUUAAUCCCCUCUCUCCCCUUUACUCCCUGGAUGUUCUUGCUGAUGCUUCUCACCGACGGUGUUCACCUGCACACUGCUCUGCCAGACAGGCAAGCCUACACUUGGGACCCCCAUGCUCACGUGAUAUCAAGAGGAAACGAAAGCCUGUGGCCACAGCAUCUCUGUCUAGCCCAAAUGCAGCAAUCUCAUCAGUUCCUGUGGAUGUGAUGGAGCCAACCACACCAGCGCCACAGGCCCCGAAAUCUCCCAACACUGAGUGGCUGGUCAGGACCUCUGCCCCAGAGAAAGCCGCCGAUUCAGCUGCAGCCACAUUUUUUAAGAUGCCACAAGAAAAGAGCCCUGGAUGCAGCUAGAGAGCAGUAGUUCGCCCACCAGGAGCCAGCGGGUGUUAUGAAACAAAUAUUAGAUUUUGUGUUAUAUAGUCUUGCAUAUUUCAAUUGAUAUUCCCAGUCUGUUUAUCACUAGGACUGGCUCCUUCCUCUUCAAACAAAGCAGUGGACUCUUUCUCUUAGAAAAUCAUAUUGUGGAAAUGUGUGUCUUUUUUAAAAAGUAAAGUAUUGGGGCAGCAGUUGUUUUAAAAAGUCAUCCUAUGCUAUAUUUGUUAUUGCUAUUGCUGUCUCAGCAGUUACCUACAGCUCCAUUUACAGAGCUGUUGCUUUUUUGCAGGUGUGUCUUUUUUUUUUCUUUCUUGAACAACUAGUAACUUCUUUGCAUACUUCUUGUGUAGAGCUUUUAAUAUCAUUUGAGGAAGUUCCCAGUUUGCAGGCAGUUCCAGUCAAAUUUAAACAGUGAGUUAAGAUCUCUGUGUGGAAUUGUGCUUGCAGUAGGUAAGGCUUGCCUUUCAGCCUGGCCUUGCUUUACUCACAGUGCCAAUCAGAUAAAUCCAUCAAGGUCUCAUUUGGAGCCUCAGAAGCGACACCAGCAGCAGGGUCUUGGGGACUCCUUCCAGUCUCCUAGAUGCCCAUGGGAUCACCAGCAGCUGCUUUGUACUUUGCCUCAUCUCCAAAGUUGGUGUUCUAUGGAAAGAGGACAUUUUACACACACACACACACAGAUUGAGGUAAUGAAGAUGGUUCAACUGUACAGCAAACUUAGAAUAGUCAGUGGUUUGUGUCUUAAUACUUCAUGUUGCAGUGUAAGCCUUUACAUACUAAACGGGAUUUUAUUGUUAGUUUACAGGUCAAUAACCUGUAGCAGAUAUUCAUACUCUAUUAUAAUGGCUUCUUGGGGUUAUACUUUGGGGAGGAAAAAUGUCUUUUGACAUGCCUUUAUAUUUGCCAUGUGUAUGACAGCUGAGCUGCCUGUAGAGUUAUGUACACAUCCAUGCCUGAAGUUGAUGCUCUUUUGUCAAGAUGAGGAAUAAGUGACUGCCUAGAGCUGCUGGAGGAAACCACCCUUUCUAAAGAAAAGAUUACCCAGCGUCUUGCAUUCAGGGCCCUGGUUGAUAGAGGGGUUCUUGCUUUUUACAAAUUUAGUACAUUUACUCUGAAAUACGCAGACACUGGUCUCUAAGUGCCACUGCUCUGGCACUGUUCUAGGGGAUGCCCGCUCUUGCACCUGGACUUUUCUAUGCUUCAUUAGGUGCUGAGUGGAACAGAGCUUCCUCUCCCUGAGGGGCAGAUGAUGGCAGGCUGCCUUAUCGUGUCCCCCUAAAAAUUACAGCUCUUGUCAGUGGUAGCUCCAGGAUUUCCUCAUCUGAGGGGUUGGUGUGAGUCUAGUUGAGGAGGGGACUUAAGCUAAGUUUAUGUGGCACUUUAUGUACGAUUGAGACCAUGUCAAUUGUCCCUAACAAGGAAUAGGGUGGAGGGAGGGUACAUGGAGAUUGUGGGGUGAGGAGCAGUGCUGAAGCCAAUGCAGCAUCCCUGUUCUCAUGUGGUGGGGAGUGUACUGCCCCCUGCCGGCUGCACCCCAGCCAUGGAGAAGGUGGAAUGUCUGUUGAAUACAAUAUAGCACGGCUGAAUUGUUUAGUGGUGAAAGUGGGGCUUUUUGUCAUAGGUGAAUUCUUACCUAGUUGUCCCCAUAGUGUCCCGAGGCACACUUCUAACAUACUUUUUUGGAUUUGACGGAGAAAUCCUUGGACAUAAUUUCAUUUUCUUUGCACCAAGCUUUGUGGCUCAUGCAGAGAUUGGUCCUGUGAGCAUAGCCUAGUAAGACCUUCAGGUAGAAUCUUUUCUUCAUGGCAUGUUGUCUGACAGUUCUCCUUUCUACCUGUAACUAAAAAGUAACAUAUAUACAACUUUACAUUUUAAACAUCUCUAUGAUGUAAAGGCAGGUGACUGCUGCCAUUUUACAGAGACAAGAGCAAUCACAGUUUAGUGAUUUGCUCAAAAUCACAUAAUCAAGCCAGUAUUAAAAUCCCAGACUUUCAGACUUUCUCUGCCCUGGGUUUUAAUCUCUUGUUUGUCAUUGAGAGACUUGAGUCGCUCUGAGACCCAUAUUUUUGAAACAGUAUGUGAUGGGGUAGCCCACUUGGGUCCCCCUGCUUGUUCUCUCCCUGCGGCGGGCAGUUCUUUUAUCCCUCAAUAAAUUCUGUUUCCACCAAAAAAAUAAUAAUAAUGCAAUAGAGAGAGAGAGAGAGAGGAAGCAGUAUGCCAUGAAUGUUUAUCAUCUUUCUUGGGCAUGCUUUUCUACAUAUUUCAAAUACCUUCAACAGGGAUCACCAAAAAAUGUCAUAUCUACCUAUAAUAAUUGGGGAAGAAAAUUAAUUGCCUAAGAAGAUAGCAAUUGAAGCACAUUAGUACUUUGCAACACAAGUUUUUAAAUUGUGUUCUUGUAAGCUGCUGCAUGAGCCUGCUUACAGAAUUGCUAACUUAUUCUGCUGGUUUUCUGUAUGAGUCAAUUUCAGAGGAACCUUAGAAACGAGUGUUUUGAACCUUAAAUUUUAAGUCUUUUUUAUAUAGCAAACUAUAUAAUGUCAUAAAUUAAGAAAAAAUCUGUUAUCUUUUAACCAAAUAUACAAUUUCAAAAUCAGGUUUUGUAGUAUGUUAAAAAAUAAUUCCUUUGAGGUUAAUCCUUGGGCUUACAUGUAUUUUAUCUGCUUGAAAGUAAUAACAGGCUGAGUUCCAUGUUCUUAUUUCAGGGUUCUGGAUUGUCCCAACUGUCUACACAUCUGCCUGUCUGAAUCCUAAUCCUGUGUAUUUUCCAAAUAGGCAAAACUCAAGACAUCAUCUACUGUCAUUCGUAAAAGUUAGUUUUGCUUAUGAGUUUAAGGGAAUUUAAGGUUAUUUUUCAGAUGCAGUAUUUUAAAGGGAACAACUUCAUUUGCAUCACAAUUCUUGUUGCUUUUUGAUAAGAACUGUUCAGAAGAGGAAAUUAGUAGCAGAUUAAAUGGUGCCAAAUUUGGGGACAGAUUAUGGUAUUUGAUGGUGUGUGAUUUUAACUUGAAUUCUUUAGAAAUCAAAUGCAUUGUUUUGCUGGGUUGUGAAACAGGCUGCAAACAAGGCCAGUUAGGCAGCAAAAUGACCAAAAGCUUAAAUAAAUCUAACCUGUGCUGCUUAUGGCAUCUUUGGUAACUAAAACUCCACACAUAGAACAGGGAAUGAAAUUCUUUAUGAGUCCCAAGUAGAUUAAUCUGACACAUCUUUGCAUUUUAGAAUCAGAAACACAGUUGAGACCACAGCAGUGGGAGUCUGAUGCUGCAAAGGAAAGGGGCAGUUACCACAGAAGUCGCUCAGAGAAGGGAGCUAGGCCGGCACUGGCACUGUUGAUGUGCUUCUGAGCCAUACGUGUUUUGUUCCCUGGGCUUUGUAAAAACAGCAUUAGGGGCCAUAGUCAGUAUUCUCUGUCUGGUGAGCUCUAUCUGGGCUGGGAUGAGAGCAGUGUGGCUUACCCCGGCAGCUAUGAAUGUAGUCUAGUUAGGGGCAUGUCAUGGUUCAGGAAUGGCAGGAGGGAUGAUAGAAGUGGUUUGCGCUUGCUGUCAGCUGCUUCCUUUGCUAAUGCUCGAGCUGUCCAUUUUACUUGUCAGUAUUUCCUUAUCUCCCACUCCAGUCUUGACAGUGGAGUUACUGAUGGUGGCAGCAAUCAAGAGGGGAUCCUACCCAAUGAGACACUGGUAAAGAGGGAAGAGGUGAGGAAAGUGGUGGGUUCCUCUAUUAGCGCCAACACACAGUGGCCCAGAGAUGCUUUCGCUUCUGUUAAGAUCACAACAGAUGAAUGUCAAAUGCCUGGGAGCAGCAGCAUUGAACAGUACCAAGGAAAAGGAGUGAUACUGCUCAAAAGUGUGGAUUAUAAGGUUUUUAACAAGUCCAGCAAAACAAACGUGACUAAGAAGAAAAUUUCCCGCCACUAUCUAUAGACAGGCACUUGGUAAAAUUGCCAAAUUUCGGGAUAAGAAAAACUUAAAGCACAGUAUUGAAGAGUGGGGCAUGUCCUAAGGAUGUUCACCAUGGAGCAGUCUUGGCAAGGUCCGAAGUGAGAAGGCGAGGGGAAGGGGGGUAGGUGCUUACGGUAGUGUGCUGGCCUGCCUGGACCAACAGUAUCAGCUCAGUCUCCCCCACUAAAUCUGAAACAGGGUGGGAGCAGCAACCUUUUACAAGCUCUCCAGGGGACUCUGGUGCAGGUUGGUGUUUGAGAGCCACACGAUUUGCCAGUUAACAACUUACUAUACUGGUAACUCCUGAGCUCUGAGGUAUUCUUAUAUUACUCUCCAUAAGAAGAGAGAGGUUGCCCUGGCCGGGUGGUUCAGGUUUUUGGAGUGUUGUACCGUACUGGCGGGUUUGUUUCCGGGUCAGGGCAUCAAAACUCUAGAAAUGAAUUCUAUUUCUAAGAAUUGGCAAGCCCUGGCAGGAGCAGUCUCUCCCCAGCCAGAAAGGUUUCUUAAGAUGUCAAAACAUCAUACCCAGGUUGAGGGUUCGAUCCCUGGUUGGGGCAUGUACAGGAGGCAACCAAUUAAUGUUUCUCUCUCCCUAAAAUCAAUAACAGAAACAGAUCCUCAGGUGAGGAUUUAAAAAGUAAUGAGAUUUUUUUGUAUGUGAUAUUUUGCAGCCACUGUUAAGGUCUUUUUUCCCAUACCCUUUCCCUCAAGCUCCUGAAAAAUCACCUGGAAAUAUUGAGAAAGGAUAAUGUGGAGAAAAAUGCCAUCAAGGCCAAAUUUAGAUGGAAACAAUGUUUUAAAAUAUAAGUGGAUUAAAAUAUAACCAUGAAUUUUUA